CAGCUCCCACUGCUGCUGGCUCACAGGACGGACCUUUGGGGACCAGUGGCAGGAGCAGGACAAGAGGAUGAAGGAGGUGGCGUUGAACAGAGAUGUGGCCACAUUCUGCAAAGGCAACCAGCGUGUCUCCCUACAGGCCCGAGGGCUGGACCCUAUACCAGCUGCUCCCAGGAUGCUGAGGCAUGUCCAGGCCAUCUUGACAUUCACGGCUGUGUUCCUCUCUCUCCUGGCUCUUCUUGUGGUGGCUUUACAGACUUGGAGACCCACGCAGAAUGAAGAUCACUUGUCUCUGGAAAACAAGCUUAAUCGUCAGGAGGACAAUCAUCAACAGCUUGGCAGGAUGGCAGAAAAGCAAGAGGCUACCGAGGGCUUCAGGGUCUAUGUGGGGAGUUCUAGCACUUGGCAGGAGGAGCUACAGAUGCUGAAGUACCAAAUGGACAAUGUUAGUUCUCAGGUCCAGUUGCUCGGGAACCAUGUGGAGAAUGCCAGUGCGGACAUCCAGCAGGCAAAAGGUGUGCUCAAGGACUCUGGUUCCUUGGCUUUGGAGACCCAGGCACUGAGAAGCUCCUUGGAGUUGGCCAAUGCUGAUAUCCAUAAUCUGAAAGGAGAUUUGGAAAAGGCAAAUGCUAUGACUUCCCAGACCCAAGGUCUCUUAAAGAGCAGCACAGAACACACCAGUGCUGAACUCCUCAUGCUGGGCAAAGGCCUGAAGGAAGCCCAGACUGAGAUCCAGGCAUUGAGGGGAAGUCUGCAGAGUUCAAAUGACCUGAGCUCCCAGACCCAGAGCUUUCUCCAGCACAGUGUGGACAACACUAGCGCUGAGAUCCAGGCUGUGAGAGAUCACCUGGAAAGGGCUGAUGAUGAAAUGAGCUCAUUAAAGAAAGAUCUGGAAACAGUCACUGCUCAGGCUCAAAAGGCAAACAGCCACCUGGAGAAGGCAGAUACCCAGAUCCAGGUGUUAAAAGCUGAGCUGAAAAGCACCAGUUCCUUCAACUCCCAUAUCGAGGCAGUCAGUGGUCAACUGAAAGACACCACCAGGGAGUUACAGACCCUGAGAGGGGGCCUGGGGGAUGUUGCAGCACUGAAGUCCAAGAUCCAGGCGCUACAGAGCAAUCUGCAGAAGGCCAAGGCAGAGAUGCAGAGUUUGAAAACAGAUCUUGAGGCUACCAAAACUCUCACUGCCAAGAUUCAGGAAGAACAGAGUCGCCUGGGCGCCCUGCAGGAAGCUGUGGCUUCACAGGAGCAGGUGCAGAGGAAUCAGAAUCAGCUUCUCCAGCUGAUCCUGCAGGGCUGGAAGGUCUUCCGUGGAAGCUUGUAUUACUUUUCUCACGAGGAGAAGUCGUGGCACGAGGCUGAGGAGUUCUGUGUGUCCCAGGGAGCACACCUGGCAUCAGUGACCUCUCAGGAAGAACAGGCAUUCCUGGUAAAGUCUACAAGUACUGUGUACCAUUGGAUCGGGCUCACUGACCAGGGUAUGGGAGGCAACUGGCGCUGGGUAGAUGGGACACCAUUCAAUCAUGCCCAGAGCAAGGGGUUUUGGGCAAAAAAUCAGCCUGACAACUGGAGACACACGAAUGGAGAGUUUGAAGACUGCGUCCACAUGCAGCAGCUGUGGAAUGACAUACUCUGUGGGGCCACCUACCCCUGGGUGUGCAAGAAGCCCAUAGGUCAGGCUGUGGCCUGAAUGGUCCCGAGUGGAGUCCCAGAGCCUUGGACUCGCCACGGGCUUCUUGUGUCCGGUGCUGCCCCUUGUUUAACCAUUUCAUGCUUGCUUCUGGUGGCCCCUCCAGCGAGAUGGCUUCUUAAAGAUAAGCCUGCGUGCUUGUGCCCCCUUGGCACCCCGACAUCCCUGCCCUGUCAGGUCUUCAAUAAACACUCACUGAAUGGAAGAAACUUGGUA